UGUUUGCAUGUGACAGUGAGAAUUAUCGAUGACACCCCUCUCUCUACGUUGGCAAUUACGAACGUACUAAACAGUUUUAAACAGUACGUGAAUUAGGAUACGGCAAUGUCAGGUGGAGGUUCGCUUCAGUUCGCCCCUUUCAGCAGCUCCCUUGAUGCCGGGUUUUGGCAAAGAUUGUCAGAGAACAAGCUGAAUGUGUAUGGUUUGGAUGAAGCACCGAAAACUAUUCAUGGAUUUUACUUCAAUGGGGAUCCAGCAGGAAUAGCUCCUCGACUGUCUGUGGACUUUACAGCUUUUGACAGUGAAUGGAAGACGCCACCUCGAUGUCUUCCCAGCAAGGGCUCUAUCCAGAACACAAAUACACUGGAAAAAUUCAAGGAAUGCGACAAGAAAAGAUGAAUCAAUGUUGAUUUGUUUCAGAUCUGGGAUGACAUAAUUAGUGGCAGAGCCGUAGAUGAUCCUUCACUCCUGUCCAGAUUCCUUCUUCUCACUCAUGCUGAUCUGAAGAAAUACAACUACUACUACUGGUUUGCAUUCCCAUGUCUGACAGCACCAGAAAACACAGUCUCCUCCGCACCCAAGGCUCUGGAUGGCAGGUUCUCACCAGAACAGGUGAAGUCUUUUCUGACCUCGUACGAUGCCUUCCAGGCAGGUAGAGACUGUUUUCAGGGGUUCUUCACCGUCAGGGAGUCAGGGGAUGCUGUGCUGGUUCAGGAAUUGAAAACACUCAGUGUCACAGACAUAGGAAAGGGCAAGGUGAUGUUUGGCUUCUGUGACCCCUGUACCCUGGAUAAACAUCCUGGCUGGCCGCUCCGCAACUUCCUCACUGUCAUAGCUCAUAGAUGGGGAGAUAAGUUGGGUGAGAUCGAGGUGUUGUGUCUCCGGGACCGGACUCGUGAUGGCGUGCGUGACAUCAGCCACAGCCUCGUCUUCAACAUUACCCUCACUUCACUGUCUGCUCAGACAGAGUGUCCGAAGUGCGUGGGUUGGGAGAAGAAUGAGCGACAAAAACUGGGCCCCCGGAUGGUGAACCUGUCGUCUAGCAUGGACCCAACUAGAUUAGCAGAGUCAGCAGUGGACUUGAACUUGAAGCUGAUGAGAUGGCGUCUGCUUCCCGACCUUGACCUUGAGAAAAUCUCCUCCACUAAAGUCCUGCUGCUUGGCUCUGGAACUCUGGGGUGUAAUGUUGCCCGUUUCUUGCAGGGUUGGGGCAUCAGGAAGAUAACAUUUGUCGACAACUCCCGAAUAUCCUACUCCAACCCAGUACGACAGUCACUGUUCACUUUUGAAGACUGCUUGAACGGAGGCAGACCCAAGGCAGAAGCUGCUGCAGAAUCUCUCCGGAAGAUAUUCCCGGGAGCUGACACCAAAGGCUUAACGUUGUCCAUCCCUAUGCCCGGGCACUCAGUACCAGAGAGUUCUGUAGAGACUGUACGACAGGACGUCGAGACGUUAGAGAAGUUGGUAGAGAGCCAUGAUGUGCUGUUCCUGUUGAUGGACACCAGAGAGAGUCGCUGGCUGCCCACUGUCCUUGGAGGGGUCAAGCAGAAGAUUGUCAUGAAUGCAGCUCUAGGCUUUGAUACAUUCCUCGUCAUUCGUCAUGGUUACAAGACGGCUGAAAGUGCAAUACCUCCUGGACCCAUUUCCAUGACAACCACCAUUCCUGGAUGUCAGCUAGGGUGCUACUUCUGCAAUGAUGUUGUAGCUCCAGGCAAUUCCACAAGGGACCGGACGCUUGACCAACAAUGUACCGUCACCAGGCCUGGCAUCUCCAUGAUAGCCGGUGCUCUGGCCGUGGAGCUCCUGGUGUCUGUCCUGCAACAUCCUAAAGGACCCGAGGCCCCAGCGGACACCACCUCCAAUGAUGACAUGUACCGAGAGUCUGACUGUUCUCUAGGACUUGUCCCUCACCAGAUACGUGGGUUCCUGUCUAGAUACCAUCAUGUUCUUCCCGCUAGUCGGGUCUUCGACAAGUGCACUGCCUGCUCAACCAUGGUGCUGGAGUCCUACAAGAAGGAAGGCUUCCAGUUUCUGCUGCGUGCGUUCAAUGAACCCAACUACCUGGAGGACCUGACCGGACUCACACAGAUGCAGCAGGAGACUCUGGAUGCUGAGGUCUGGGAUCUGAGCGAUGACGACUCUGAAAGUAUGGAGAUGUCUUGAUGUCAAGUCACACCACUCCAGCACCCUGUGAUAACCAUACACCCUGACGGCAUGGCGUGGUUGUCAUAGAAACAAGGCCAUCAUUCCAUGCCACAUCUACACCACAGUGAUGCCAAUGAAUUUGUUCGAUACCACACAGACUCCACACCACGAACAUGGUGCAUUACUGUACAGUGAUUACUUGUAGGUGAAACCAGCAACAUUCACUGAGGACAGUGUUAAGUCCAGUGGCUAGAGUUGUCUGAAGACCAAGGGUCAAGGCCUGUUUUCAUUUUUACAGUGUGAAUUAUUUUAUUGCUAAUCCAUGAGGAUCCAGGUUAGAAUUUUUGUCAGCAACCCAUGCUUGUUGUAAGAGGCGAUUAACAGGAUCGGGUAGUCAGACAUGCAGACUCGCUUUGAGUGAGUGCGAAAUGCGAAGAUCGUUGUUGAUUUAACAAUGUAUGGUAUGGAUUUACAACUUCUUUAAUGUUUACAACAUGACGUUUCUGGGCUACUUUCUUGCCCCUUCAUCAGGUGAAUGACAGAAUAUGAUUACGAACAAACUAUAUGGUAUGUACAGGAGGCCAUUGAGAUAGUAUUACAGAUUGAGAUGUACAGAGAUCAAGGAGAUUAUGUGGGCAAGAAGUAGCCAUGAAGCGUUGUGUUGUAAACAUUAAAGAAGUUGUAGAUCCAUACCAUACGUUGUUAUGUUAUCUUCCAGCUUCUGAAUACCCAUCAAGCUUCUGAUGGUUGUUCAUGAUGAUAUCGAUCAUUGGUUUGUCUGGUCCAUACUCGGAUUAUUUACAGACUGAAGCCAUGUAGCCGAAAUGUUGUUGAGUGUGUUCAACAACAAACAAAAAACAUAUUUUAUUACUCUGGUAGCACUCACAAUCUUUGAAAAACAAGUCCGAACUACUGCAACAACAUCACUAUAGAUUAUUCUUGAAUAAUUAUCACUGCAUGUGAUUGUUCAGUGGAACCGUAUCAGACAUUUCUGGACCCGGUGGACGAUGGUGCUUGUAACAUAGAACUUUGUGCUUAAACCCAUUCUGUGUAUGCUCAGUUGUAGACAGGGUACCCGGGAGACAUUGAGAAUUUCAGGACUACUUGUCGAUUAAUGCAAUAUGUACUUAUUGUUAGCAUGGCCAGGUCUAUAUAUUGGAGAUGUAAUACUCCGAGACUGGUGCUGAAUUUUAAUCUGGAGAGAUGUUGAGUAUCAUCCUUAUGUCUCAAUAAAUUCCUGGGAACCAUUCGUAUAUCAUCGGUACCCGGAAGACAUUGAGAAUUUCAGAAGAACUACAUGUUGAUUAAUGCAUCAAGAGAGAUGUUGAGAAUCUCCAUUGUGAUAAAUUCCCUGGGACCAUUCCUUAACAUAGUUCCUUGUGAGUGAAAUAUGAAUUAUGGACAAACAAUCAUGACUCAAAUUAGACACCACAUUGAAUUUUAUUGGAAGAGGGUAUCUUAUGUGUAAGAGUUUUUAAAUGUGGACGUAUGCAAGUUGAGUUCUUAUACUACAUAGUGUUAUAUAUUUUAAGUUAAAAUGUUCGAGAGAUUAUUGAAGUCGACAUCAAUGGCAUAAAUUAAAAUCUCUAAAGUCCUAGAUAAAAACGAAUCAAAGCUGAAUUGGACAUUAAUCCAACAUGACUUGACUAUUUCCUGUGUGUUUAUAUGUCUGUGAAUCAUGUACAUUUGUUUAUCUGUCUAGUGAAUUAUGCUAAUGUGUUUAUCUGUUCAGCAGUGAAUACAUGUCUUAACAAUUCAA